AGAGGGCGGGCCUGCCGCGGAGGCAUCUGGGAAACGGAGUUCCCAGGUAGGCGAAGCCCAGGGGCUGUCGGAAGGUCAGCGGCGCCUGCGCGGGCGCCUCAGACUCAGGAUGCGCGCGCAGCGCUCUCCGCCCAGCGGGCGGAAGUUUUCGCUGGGCAGCUGAGAAGGUGAGUCCAGGUAACUGCGGGGGAUCCGAGGGUCAGGCUGCAGAAGCCCAGAAUCCCACACCAGUCCCCAAGUACAGAGGUCGCUGUCAAGAUGGAGUUUCCAACCCAGUAAAUCCAAGGACCAGACCGUGACCUCAUAAAGCAUGAUCUCCUUCUGUCCAGACUGUGGCAAAAGUAUCCAAGCAGCAUUCAAAUUCUGCCCCUACUGUGGAAAUUCUUUGCCUAUAGAGGAGCAUGCAGGGUCCCAGACCUUUGUCAAUCCACAUGUGUUAUCCUUCCAAGGCUCAAAGAGAGGGCUGAACUCCAGUUUUGAAACCUCUCCUAAGAAAGUGAGAUGGUCCAGCACCGUCACCUCUCCCCAGUUAUCCCUCUUCUCAGAUGGUGACAGUUCUGAGUCUGAAGAUACUCUGAGUUCCUCUGAGAGAUCCAAAGGCGCCGGGAGCAGACCCCCAACCCCCAAAAGCAGCCCUCAGAAGACCAGCAAGAGCCCUCAGGUGACCAGGGGCAGUCCUCAGAAGACCAGCUGCAGCCCUCAGAAGACCAGGCAGAGCCCUCAGAAGACCAGCUGCAGCCCUCAGAAGACCAGCAGGAGCCCUCAGGUGACCAGGGGCAGUCCUCAGAAGACCAGCUGCAGCCCUCAGAAGACCAGGCAGAGCCCUCAGACACUGAAGCGGAGCCGAAUGACCACCUCACUUGAAGCUUUGCCCACAGGGACAGUGCUGACAGACAAGAGUGGGCGACAGUGGAAGCUGAAGUCCCUCCAGACCAGGGACAACCAGGGCAUUCUCUAUGAAGCUGCACCCACCUCCGCCCUCGCCUGUGACUCAGGACCCCAGAAGCAAAAGUUCUCGCUCAAACUGGAUGCCAAGGAUGGGCGCUUGUUCAAUGAGCAGAACUUCUUCCAGCGGGCCGCCAAGCCUCUGCAAGUCAACAAGUGGAAGAAGCUGUACUCGACCCCGCUACUGGCCAUCCCUACCUGCAUGGGUUUUGGCGUUCACCAGGACAAAUACAGGUUCUUGGUGUUACCCAGCCUGGGGAGGAGCCUUCAGUCAGCCCUGGAUGUCAGUCCAAAGCAUGUGCUGUCAGAGAGGUCUGUGCUGCAGGUGGCCUGCCGGCUGCUGGAUGCCCUGGAGUUCCUCCAUGAGAAUGAGUAUGUUCAUGGAAAUGUGACAGCUGAAAAUAUCUUUGUGGAUCCAGAGGACCGGAGUCAGGUGACUUUGGCAGGCUAUGGCUUCGCCUUCCGCUAUUGCCCAAGUGGCAAACACGUGGCCUACGUGGAAGGCAGCAGGAGCCCUCACGAGGGGGACCUUGAGUUCAUUAGCAUGGACCUGCACAAGGGAUGCGGGCCCUCCCGCCGCAGCGACCUCCAGAGCCUGGGCUACUGCAUGCUGAAGUGGCUCUACGGGUUUCUGCCAUGGACAAAUUGCCUUCCCAACACUGAGGACAUCAUGAAGCAAAAACAGAAGUUUGUUGAUAAGCCGGGGCCCUUUGUGGUACCCUGCGGUCACUGGAUCAGGCCCUCAGAGACCCUACAGAGGUACCUGAAGGUGGUGAUGGCCCUCAAGUAUGAGGAGAAGCCGCCGUACGCCAUGCUGAGGAACAACCUAGAAGCUCUGCUGCAGGAUCUGCGUGUGUCUCCAUAUGACCCCAUUGGCCUCCCGAUGGUGCCCUAGGUGGAAUCCAGGUGGGAAGAGCUUAACUUUCCAUUUGCAGUGUGCAACAGAAAAAAAAAAUGAAGCAAUGUGACUCAAGGCCUGCUGUUUAAUCACAGAUAAGCUUCUAGAAUAAGCCCUGGAAUGUACAUUCCUGCCACUGGUUUCAGGAUACUCAUCAGUCCUGAUUAGCCUCCCGGAGGGCCCCAGUUUCCCUCCAGUGAAUGUGAAGUACCCCAUCUCGGUGGCCUGCCCUUCAGCCAGUGUCGUAGCAAAGCUGGAUGGGGUUGGCCGGCCCGCAGGGGGGACCCCUCCUACCCUUGACACCUCUGUGCUUUGGUAAUAAAUUGUUUUACCAGA